UAAAAUCGUGUGGGCUAGUUGUAUCCUCCCUGACAAGCCCAGUUUCAACUUUGAAGCAUGACAGCUGUUAGGUGGUUGAUGUUGAAUUGUCGACGAUUCCGUCUGUCGUUGUACUUGAGUAUUUGAGGAAUCAUAUAGAGCCGUGUAGUCUUAAGUCUGUCGUAGUUUAUCGAAUAGCCAACAAAAAAUAUUUUAACUAAUGUUUGAAGCAGAAGUAUGAUAUUUUUUUUUAAAAAGAAAUAUACUUUUAUUUGAGGAGGAGUAAAACGGAAUUUUGUGUGUGGAUUGUUAUGUUCGCUAUACUUCACACUGUCUCAACCAUGGAAUAUCGUGUUGAAUAGCUAAUUUUACAGUUAAUGACCUAGGUUGGUGAGGAGAGCCAUCGAAAGACUAUUUGAGAAACACUCGGUUUCGGUUGUUGAGGCUCACGUGGUAAUAAGAUAACGUUGUACACUCAAUUACGUAUUUUACCCCUUGUGCCCAGUGAUGCAUCGUGUUAAAGGGCCGUCCGCCUUGUUUGGGGUUGAACGAAAACCCAAGCCUCAAGAACAAAAACGAUUAAUUCAAUCAAACUAUUCUGUGAGAUGGGAGGAAUUCGUGGCACACGGGUCCAAUGUCAGCUGUUUAGCUCUUGGAAAGAAAUCUGGCCGGGUCAUUGUCACUGGGGGCGAAGACAAAAAGGUCAAUCUAUGGGCAGUAGGAAAACCAAAUUGUAUAAUGAGCCUUACUGGUCACAUAACAGCAGUAGAAUGUGUCAAGUUUAAUCAUUCAGAAGAUGUGGUUUGUGCUGGCUCGGUGUCUGGAGCACUGAAGGUUUGGGAUUUGGAAGCAGCAAAAAUUCUUAGAACAUUGACUGGACACAAAUCAAGUGUAAAAUGUUUGGACUUCCAUCCUUAUGGUGACUUUAUUGCAUUUGGCUCUUUAGACACCAACAUAAAGCUAUGGGACAUAAGAAGAAAAGGUUGUAUCUACACAUAUAAGGGACACAGUAAGCCAGUUAAUAACUUAAAGUUUAGUCCUGAUGGAAGAUGGAUUGCAUCUGCUGGAGAUGAUGGAACAGUUAAGUUGUGGGACCUACCUUCUGGUAAAAUGUUAACAGAAUUCAGGGGACACACAGGACCUGUCACUGAUGUAGAGUUCCAUCCCAAUGAGUUUCUUUUAGCUAGUGGAAGCACAGAUAGAUCAGUUAGGUUUUGGGAUUUGGAGAAUUUCCAACAAGUUUCAUCAAGUGAUGGAGACUGUGGUCCAAUUAGUUGUAUAUACUUCAGUCCUGAUGGAGAAUGUGUUUUUGGUGGAUCUCAAGAUGUGUUGAAAGUGUAUGGCUGGGAACCAUUUCGUACUUUUGACACCCUGGUGAUGGGAUGGGGAAGAGUUGCAGAUAUUUCAGUAUCUCAGAAUCAGCUGAUUGCAGGAGCUUUUUCCUUUACAAAUGUGUGUGUCUAUGUAGUAGAUUUGAAAAGGGUACAGCCAUUUGGAGCUCCUCCAGUUAGUCCAACUAAAUCUUGUGCACCAUAUACUACUACUACUUCACCUGGCAACCACAUUAGAAAGAGCUUCAUUAAAGGGCAAACAGCAGGUGAUCAGACUUUGUCACUGCAGGUACUGACAGGUGAAGACUCGGAUAACCUUAUUUCCCAGUCUGACUCUGGUGAUGAUCCUCAGUCCUGUGCUGACAUAAAGGAACAUAGCUACUACAACGAAAUUUUUCAUCCAGCUAGGGAGAUAUGUCGAACUCCUCCCAAAACAAAACCUUUUCCAGCUCCACCAGAAGAUCUUCUUAGUAACAGUAGCUCACAAUUUGGAAUAAUCAAACCUUCAGAGAAGGCUACACCUACUCUUUUCACAGCACUGCCAGAGAAUUCUUUCAAUCCUAUUGUAGAAAGGUGUGAAAAAAUAUCAUCUUCUUCCACUUUGGUUAAUAACACUUUGUCUUCUCCUGGUCUCAAUACAUCGUACACCAAAAUUAUGGACUUUAACUCUCUAAAGUGUAGCCCUCUGCAGCAUUCUGUAGAUACACCAUUAACAAAUCAUGUUCAACCAUUGAAAAAACCCAUGAACAUAGUUAGCAAAACCAUGUGGAAUUCAGAACCCUCCUCUGUGUCCAUAGUCAGACCUGUGCCUAUAGUACCUGAGAAAGAUGUCCAACUACGAAAGUCGGUAGCCUUUCCUGAGCAGACGUAUGGAACAACUCCUGGCUUUUCAGAUUUUAACACUCUAUUCCCAGACAAUCAACCACACAGAGGUCCAGGAAAUUAUGUAGAAUUUGUACCAGAUCAACGGGACCAUCCAGUAGGACUAGAGUUAGAAGAUUUCCUACCUAGACAUUUACAGAAUAGUCUUCGAAUUGGAAGUCAACCUCAGCCAGAAAUGUCAGAGGCAGAAGCCAUGUCUUCUAUCUUCAAGGGCCACCAGUCAAUGAUCACAGUUUUCCAACAUCGACGCAAAAAUCUUCAGAUUGUUUUAGCUCAGUGGACUACAAAGGAACCACAGACUGCGUUAGAUGCUGCAAUCAACAUGAAUGAUAUGGCUCUUAUAGUGGACAUGCUGAACAUCAUCUGUUUAAGGGCGCAACUCUGGAGUCUGGAUAUUUGUCAGCUACUGCUGCCUACUAUUUUUGAGUUGUUACAGAGUAAAUUUGAAUCGUAUAUGUCAGUGGGAUGCAACAGUUUAAAGCUGAUCCUGAAAAAUUUUGCAACUGUGAUAAAAACCAAUAUUACAGCACCACCUGGUAUAGGAGUCGACAUUACUCGUGAAGAAAGAUACAACAAAUGUGUCAGUUGCUACAAUCAUCUUCUGUCCAUCCGAUCAUUCUUAUUGAAACGACAAACUAUGCAAGGUAAACUGGGACACUCUUUCAGAGAACUCCACCUGUUGAUGCAAAGCCUGGAAUGAAAUCGCCUUUAGUGAACAUUAUAAGUACUUAUAAAGAAGAAAAAUAAAUUGGGAACAACACAAGCCAGUACUAACAGGAUGUGAAGUGAUUGUGUUAAAACUUCUUAUAGAUGUCACUAACAUUUUAGAGAACUAUACAAUGGGUAAUGAUCACACUAGUGUGAAAAAUAACAGAUUUGUAGAUAUUUAUAAUACUUUAAUGUUUUGCCAAUUAUCUGUCUCAAAUUAGGUGUGAUAUUUGUAAAAUCCGCACUCUGUGAACAGAUUAUCUUCUGUCAGAAGAAUCCACCAUCAUGUUCACUAUUUUCAUUUAUUAGUCUCCAUGAGACAAUAAUAUACAAGUUCUUGAAAAACUUUUUAAAGAGUCCCAGUAUAAAAUUGUAACUAGAGAUUUCACUUUCUCAUUUUUCGGUUGUUGUAUUGUAACAAAAACUAUACAACCAACAAUAUGUACAAUAUUCUGUUAUUUGCCAACUUCCGCUAUACACAAAAAUGGAGCAUCUUACAAUUUUUGUUCCUUUGAACACUUUCACCAGCAAAAAGUUAGAAGUUAUUAAUUCUGUGUUUAGCUUUAGCCUUAUUUAUCUUUAAAAAGUUUAGUGAUUCACAAAACUUAUUAAUCAUUUUAAGUUAAUACAUUCGUUGUGUGUUGAAAGAUAUGUAUGACUGUAUUAUUUGUUUUAAAAGAUUUAGAAUCAGUCACAAGGAACAAUGUUUGAUAUUGUUUGUUUUAUGAAGACAUAUGUUUAGAGACCUACAGACUCAUUCCCUACACUUUAGUUUGUGUUGUUUAUGAAGAAUGUUAACCGUGUACAAAGUAAUUGGCAUAUACAGUAACUAAGUAUUUAUCUUCAGCAGAAGAUGAUUUAUGUAUUAUGCAACAAAAAAAUUCAAUGAACAGAAUUAUCCAAUGUAGUUUAUUUUUUAGAAUUUGGGUAUGAGUAUUUGAAAUUCUGUCAUAUCCUUGUCUCAUUUGAUUUAAUGACAUUCAAACAAAAAUGUGAAAAUAGUUGAUAUGAUUGUUAUAAUUGCUAAAUAUUGAUAUUGCAUAUAAAGCAGGGAAUUGUGAUAAAGCAGGAAAAAAUUAAACAUGAGUUUAACUUGGGAAAACUACAGCCUCUUACGUCUUGUAACACAAGGAAAAAGGAAGUUUAAAAAAUGAUAAAAACUUUGUUGUUGUUUUUUUCUUAUUGUUCUUACCAUCAACUAGGCUGAUUAUUAUGACCCAUAUAAUUCUUAUAAAAGUAUGCUAGUCAAGAAAAAAAACUAGUUAAGUUAAAGAAAUACAAAACAGUUGAAAUUUAUUUAAAUUUAUGUCAAACAUAAAGGCAUCAUAAAAUAUAUUAAAAGAAAAUGUACCUUGUUAAUGAGAAGUCAUAUGAUGUGCCCAAUAUAUUAAAUGUUGAAUUAUGUUUGUAAGAACUUUAUUAUCAUAAGCAGGUGUUGGAGUUUUGACUUUAAUGAACUAUUCCAGCCUGUUUCUAGAAUGGGAUGACAUUUUGGCUUCUAUACCAAGGCUUUCUUCAGGUCAAUAUACUGGCCAUUAAAGAGCCUACUAGAAGCUGUUCUUGACAGGACUAACUAUUCAACAAGAACUUAAAAGUGUGCACAGCAAGUUGUUCUUGACAGAAAUGACCACUUAAUAGUAAUCAACAGGAGCUAUAAGAAGAGUAGUAUAAAUUAUUGGCAGGUCUAUGUAUUGAACAGAAAUCUAUAGAAGUUGGCCAGAGUAUACUAUAAUCCGCUUUCAGAGGAAUUAGCUGUUGAAUAAAAGCAUGCAGGAACUACAGGGAUUAUUCUUUCAAAAAUCAAAAUAUUAUAGUACCUUGGAGUAAAUGUACAUAUUACUGUUUGUUACAAAGCUCAA